AUGAAUAAGGGACCAAGAGCAAUGAAAAUAAGUGUAAUAAUAUCAAUAAUAUCAUCAGAACUUAAGUUAGAAUAAGAAGCAAUUGAAAUUAUCUAAUCAUUCACAGAUAAGUGCAAGAAUUUUGCAGUUGUAGUGGUUGUGGGCAAAUAUAGAACAGGGAAGAGUUAUCUAAUUAACUAAGUGCUGUUACAAUAGAAUCAAGGAUUCAAUGUGGGAAGUACAGUCAAUGCCUGCACAAAAGGAUUAUGGAUGUGGAGUGACAUUAUCUAUUUCGAAUCUGGAAGAUCAAAAGAACCUAUACCUGCGAUUUUGAUAGAUACAGAAGGUAUAGGUUCAUUGGAAGAAGAGUAGAAUCAUGAUGUUAAAAUAUUUCUAUUGGCAAUGUUGAUGAGCUCAUAUUUCAUUUAUAAUAGUGUUGGAACUAUAGAUGAUAUGGCAUUAUAAAAUUUGGGAUUAAUAGUUAAUCUAACAAAAAUGCUAUAAAAAACAGAUGAAUCAACUUAGAAGGAUCUCUUUGAGACAUUUCCUUCAUUUUUAUGGAUUCUUAGGGAUUUUACAUUGCGAUUAGAAGAUGAAUUUGGAAACAAAAUUACACCCAAGGAUUAUUUGGAAAAUGCAUUGAAACCAUUAAAAGGGUUUAGUGAAACAAUAGAAAAUAAGAAUAAAAUAAGAAGACACAUAACAUAGUUUUUUUAAGAACGAGAUUGUAUGACCCUUGUGAGACCCACUUAAGAUGAAAAAGAUUUAUAGCAUUUAUCUUCGUUGAAAUUUACAGAAUUAAGAACUGAAUUUUAAGAACAAUUAACUGCCUUAAGAAAGAAGUUUUCUUAUAAGAUUUCAUUAAAAUAAUACAAAGGAAAACCAACUACACCUUUUAGUUUUGUUGAAAUGUGCAAACAUUUUGUGAAUACAAUCAAUGAAGGUAAUAUGCCAGUUAUUGAAACACAAUGGUAAAUGAUAUGCAAACAGGAAUUGAAUAGAACACUCAUAGGGGGCUUGAAAAUUUAUAAAGACAGCAUAGAUGAAUUAUUACAAUAGAAUGGAGUCUCAUAGGAAUAGUUGGAAAAAUCACAUCAUAUUGUAUUAUAACCUAUUUAUUUGUAGUUUGUGAGAAAAGUUAAAUAUUAUUUGGAGAACAAUUGUUUAGACAAAGAAAGUGAGGAAUUCAGUACAGCUAAGAAAAUGAUUAAGUAAUAGAUUUAAGAAUUAUAUGUUGAUGCAUAAUAAAGAUUGAAUAAGAAACAUGAAGAAUAAUUGGAAGAAAUUAAGAUACAAUUUUUAAAUAAACUAAAUGAACAAUAGUAAUAAGAGAACAUUUGGGAAUUGGUAGUUGAAUUGAAUUAGAAAUAAACCAUGAUUUGGAAUAGCGGAGCCAAUCAAAAUUUAUAGAUUGAUUAUAUUCAAUAGAUACAAUAAAAUGUAAUGAAUAAGAUUUAAUAUGAAUUCAAAAAAUUAUCAUUGUAAUUGAAAUAAUAAUGUGACAAUGGAAAUUAGAUAUAAGAGGAUAUUAAGGAGUAGAAACAGAGAUACAAGAAAUAGGAGGCUGAUUUAUAUGAAAAGAUUACUUAAAUGGAAAAGGAUAAGAAUCAAUUAAGAGUUGAAUUAGAAUCUGAAAAAAAUAAGAAUUUGAGAUAAUAAUAACAAAUUUUAUAAUCUUAAACAACUGUUGAUAAUAAGGUAAGUGAAUAUAUGAAUAAAUUGAAAUAAAUUGAAAGGUCAUACAAUGAUCAACUGAAUGAGAAGGAUGUUCUCAUUUAGAAUUCAGAAUUAAAAUAAAAACAAUAUCAAAAUGAAUUAGAUAAAGUUAAAGCUCUAUAAAAACAAUAAGAUAAUCUAAAUCAAUAAGAAAUAGCUAAUUUAAGAAGGGAAAUUGAAAGAUUGAAGGAUGAGAUUUCAGAUAAAUCAGAGACUAUUACUAAAUUAAAAUAAAGCUUAGCAGAAACAGAAAAUGUUUCGUAAUAUUCAUCUUUACAACCAAGUAGAAGAAUUAAAAAUUAAGAUGAACAUAACACAUCUACUUUUAAUAAGGAUCUUUAUGAAUAUUAAAUUUCAACUUUAUAAGCAUAAUUAGAUGAAUAAAAGAAAUUAACUUAAAAUCUAUUUGAUGCUUUCAAUAGUUAAAAUAAUUUAUAAAGGUCAAUUUAUGAUAAUAUGUCAUAAUCUCAAAAUAUGAUGAAUAAUAAUAAAUUAUAUCAAUUUUUAAAUGUGAUUCAUUAAUUAAUUGGAUAGUUUGUAGGAAAAACAGAUGAAAGAGAAGGAAAGGACUUUAAAUCAUUGAUUCAAAAAUUAUUCAAUCUAUUUGAGGAUAAUGAUAAUAGUUUCAUCAACAAUAAUUUAACUGAUAGACCAAAAUUAAAGAAUAGUGAAAGUUAAAGAAUUGAAAAGACUAUGUCCUCUGAAUCUCCAAAAAAUUCAAAUCUCAGCAAUUGUUAGAAUAUUAAUCCUUUUAGAUCUCCAGACUAACCAAAAUAUUAAAAUACUAAAAUGACAAUUAUGUAAAUGUUCAUGUAACACAAAAAUAAAGAGAAAGAUUAAGAAAAAUUGAGAAAGAGUGCAUAAUUGGAAAAUGUAUUAAAAAAUAGAAAUAAUAUGCAUGUUCAAAGAAAAAUGUGUUGA